AUGGCUACAUCAAAGGAGGGCAAGGUCGACGUCGGCAAGGUCAUGGUCAUUGGCGGAUGCGGUUUCCUGGGCCACCACAUCGUCAACCUCCUCCUGCGAGACUACGUGUGCGACGUGUCCGUUGUCGACCUGCGCUGCACCCACAACCGACGGCCCGACUCGGACGGCGUCAAGUAUGUUGAGGCGGACAUCACCAACGCCGACAAGAUCGCUUCCGUCUUCGAGGAAAUCCGCCCCGAAGCCGUCAUCCACACCGCAUCGCCUGCGCCACAGUCGGAUAGCAAGGUCAGCGACAGCCUGUUCAAGAGGGUCAACAUAGACGGGACGCAGGUCAUCGUCGACGCCUGCAACAAGUUUGGCGUCAAGGCGCUGGUCUACACGAGCUCCGCCAGCGUCAUCAGCAACAACGUCGAUGACCUGAUCAACGCGGACGAGCGGUGGCCUGUCCCCAGGGGCAAGGACCAGUCAGAGUAUUACUCCGAGACCAAGGCACCAGAGGAGUUAGCCAUCAAGGCCAACCGCGCCGACGGCUCCAAGCUGCUGACCACCGCGAUCCGCCCGGCGGGCAUAGUCGGCGAGGGCGACACCAUGGCGCUGCACCAGAUCAUAAAGGCGUACAGGACGGGCAAGACGGGCGCGCAGCUGGGCGACAACAACAACCUGUUCGACUUCACCUACGUCGAGAACGUGGCGCACGCCCACAUCCUGGCGCUGCGCGCGCUGCUCGUCACCUGGGCCAGUAAGACCCAGCCGCUGGACCACGAGAAGGUCGACGGCGAGGUCUUCAUCAUCACCAACGACAGCCCCACCUACUUCUGGGACUUCUGCCGCGUCAUCUGGAACGCCGCAGGCUCCCCCCACGGCAAGGACCACGUCUGGGUCAUCCCCAGGGAUGUCGGCCUCGUCAUCGGCUGGCUGAGCGAGAUCUUCUUCGCCAUCAUCAGGAAGCCCCCGACCUUCACCCGCCAGAGGUGUGUCUACUCGUGCAUGACGAGGUACUUCUGCAUAGACAAGGCGAAGAGGAGGCUGGGCUACAUGCCUAUUGUGCCCCUUGAAGAAGGGCUGAGGAGGUCUGUCAAGUGGACUUUGGAGCAAGAGGCUCGAGGCAAGAUCAAGAACUGA